GGGGGCGCGGCGGGCGGCUGGGAGCGGGGCCGCGAGCGGCAUGUCUCGCUACACCAGGCCCCCCAACACCUCCCUGUUCGUCAGGAACGUCGCCGACGCCACUAGGCCCGAGGACCUACGCCGGGAGUUUGGUCGGUACGGCCCCAUAGUGGACGUUUACAUCCCACUCGACUUCUACACUCGCCGCCCCCGCGGGUUCGCCUACGUUCAGUUUGAAGAUGUUCGAGAUGCUGAAGAUGCACUCUAUAACCUCAAUAGGAAGUGGGUCUGUGGCCGGCAAAUCGAGAUACAGUUUGCCCAAGGUGAUCGCAAAACACCCGGGCAAAUGAAGUCGAAGGAACGCCACCUGUGCUCCCCGAGUGACCACAGGAGAUCCAGAAGCCCCAGCCAGAGGAGGUCUCGAAGUCGAAGUUCAUCGUGGGGCAGAGACCGGAGGCGCUCAGACAGCCUGAAAGAGUCUCGACACAGGCGAUCUUCCUACAGUCAGUCUAAAUCCCGCUCCAAAUCACUACCAAGGCAGUCUACCUCAGCAAGGCAGUCGAGAACACCGAGGAGGAAUUCUGGAUCUAGAGGCCGGUCAAGAUCCAAGUCCUUACCGAAAAGGUCCAAGUCAAUAGAAAAAUCAGAGUCACGCUCACCCCCAAAGCAGACUGGCUCAGGAGCAAAAGCCAGACCACAUGGACGGCACUGUGAUUCCAUCGCGAGAUCCCCAUGCAAGUCUCCCAGAGGGUACACCAGCUCUGGAACCAAGACACAGACAGCAAAGCAUUCUCACUUUCCGUCGCACUCCAGAUCGCGGGGUUACCACCAUAAAAACAGUUGGUGAACAGCCGCUUCCCGAAGAGCCACCGCACUCUGCUAUGAGUUAUUAGACCUCGUUGUGGCUAAAAUUCCUCAAGGCUUAUAGAAAUGGGAACUGGUGUUAGUUACCUUGGCCAUGUGGAAGGAAUACAAUUGCCCUAGCUUUGACUAAUAAGUAUUUGAUCUCAAUUUAAGGGCUCACCCACAAGUCACCAUGGCCACCACUGCGUAGGCUGUACUUGGUUCAUGUUGUAGCAAGGGGGUACUUCCCAAAGGAAAGAGGCUAGAUGGAACCAGUAUAAAAAUUCUACUUAGAUAUGAAAUACUAUCAAUAAUAUUCUUUACAAAAGUAUUUUUUACUCUAAAACACUUUUCACAUAAAAAGUAAUUGUGAUUAUAUGUAAUUGCAUAGGCCAGACUUAAACCGUUUGACACCUGUGUCUUUCUUGUGACUUCUGUUUAAACUUGGGCCAAUUCUUGGUAGGCAUAGUUCAAAUUACAGCAUUCUGAAAUCUCAAAAGAAAAAAAAUCUAUAUAGAUUCUGCAGCGGUUCAAAAGAUAGUUAAAAGAUGUUUAAAAGAUAAAGAACCGUUCAUUGUUUUUGAAUGCAGCAGCAUAGACCAGUUGGCAUGAAAUGAUAUCCAUGUUUGCUGAAAAUACGAAAACAAAGCUGGGUAUGGUGGCACAUGCCUGCAAUCCCACGCUUGGGAGAUGAGGUCGGAGGGUCAAUCCACCAUGGACUGGGCUACACGAGACCCUGUCUAGAAAUAAAUAAACAGAUGCUUUUUAAAAAGGGGAAACCAUUUUAGAAGUACUAGAUUUUGAAUGGUUUGCGAAUACUCUAAAAACUAUGGUGUGGAACACUCAGAAUCCACAAAUACUCAUAUUAAGCCUUACGUAGUUGAAGUACAGUACAUUUUGUAUAAAUUCACAUUUAUACCAUUAUUUCUAUAUAGCUAUUUUCAUCUGCAUUUUUCUUUUUAGAGCUCUAGUUCAAUAUCCUAAUUAUAUACAAAGUCUUUUUAAAAGAAAAGAAUUAAACACAUAGUACAUUAUAUUAAGAAAUGCUAGCCAAUGAGAUGGCUCGGUGAGUAAAUCCACUCACCAUCCACACCUGGCCACCCGAGUGCAAGCUGGGCAACUUGAGUUCAGUUCCUGAACCCACUCAGAAGUGGAAGAGAACUGGCUCCUGCAAAGUAUCUCUGACUUCCACACUGUGCAAUGGCCUGUGUGUGCACGCACACACACACACACACACACACACAUAAAUGUAUGCAAAAACUUUAAGUUCAAAACUAUACCUUCAAACCAGACAUGUAGUACACGUACAUGCCUGCCAUCCUAGGACUUGGGAAGCCGAGGCAGGGCCGAGGCAGGAACUUGAGACCAGCCUGGGAAACACUGAGAUCCAUCACACACACAUAUACACACACAUACACAUACAAAGAAAAAGGUCUUCAUAAAAACAGCUUCUAGGUGAGGCAUUUGACUUUUCCAUUAUGCUACUCUACAUCUUAAAAACCAAAUAACUUUGUUGACAGUUACUGCUUUUGUAGUUGUUAUUACUUAGAAUUUCUUUUACCAUGUCAUUGAGGUUUACAUUUCAGAGGGUUUGGCAGAUUUGUAAUAGAAUGGUUUGCAUCUGAUUGUCAUAGGAGAUAUGUUUACAGAUUAGCUUUGUUGAACCACAUUGCUGAAACACACUGUCAGCCCUUACAGCUAAUAUGUAUGCCUGGAAUACCUAAGAAACCUGUCUUACAUUUUCAGUAUUUGGAGCUAUGUUGCUUCUAUUAAUUUCCAGUAUAGAGUUCUAUAGUCUUUGCAUUUUAAAUCCUUUAUGUGAGAAAAACUUCACAAAAUAAUUUGUACAUUGGUGAUACUUGGAGAAGUAACGCAAAUUAAUGUAUAUUAUACUCUCUGGAUAUAUUUUGUCUAUUUAACCAUAGCAACAUUUAUUUAUUUCCAAACUUCACUCUGAUGUUCCUCUGUAAUAAAGCGAUUAUAAAAGCCUG